UCCCAAGCAACGGCUGUUUCUCAAAGUAAACAUUUCCGUUGAUUUAAUACAGAAAAACAUCCUUUAAAGGGAUUAAAGGCAGAAAAACAACACAAUACAAACAAUAAGGGUUAGAAUAUUCAAGAGGAAGCUUCACACAGCAGUAUGGAGGAUAAUAAAACCUCAGACGACAGAGAGAAGUCUUUAUAUCUGACUCAAAUUCAACACCUGGAUAAGAAGCUGGAGAGGUGUCAGCUGAAAUGUGACGAGCUGGAGAUGCAGAACAAGUACCUGGUCCACCAUUGCAGGCUGCUGGAGGAAGACAAGACAGAUAUCUGUGAGUACCUGAAACUCUCUGCGACUGAGAAAAAGAAGAUGGCCGAUGAGCUGGCAGAGAAGCUGGCUGAGAAGCUGGAGACUCAGCGGCAGGCUGAAGAACAGGACCUGAAGGAGCUGAAGCUGCAGCAGAGCCUGGAGACGGAGGAGCUACAGGAGCAGGUCGACAAACUGAAGUCACAGAUUAAGACUCACGCUGCACGGUCUGAGGAGCAGCGGCAGCAGAAGGAGCAGCUGAAGCAGCAGCUGAAGCAGCAGCUGUGUGACGAAGGGUCUCUGGAGGAGGAGCUGCUCUGUCAGAAAACGGAGCAUCAAGCUGUCAUCAAGAAUCUGAAAGAGGAAAUAGAGUCUGAGAUAUCCAGCAUGACUGCUGAGAAGGAGAAGUCAGCGGAUGAUUGGUCUAAGACGAGGAUCUUAGAGGUCGUCCAGGAGGAGAAGGUGCAGCACAGAAGGCUGAAGCAGCAGCUGAAACUGAUGUUGGAGAACAUCAAGGGUCUGGAGGAAGAGAGACUCACAGCGCAGAGAAAUAAAAUAGUGCUCAGCUGUGUGAUAGAAGAUCUGAAGGAACAGUCCGCGAAGAUGGAGCAGGAGAUUCUCACCAGUAAGACGAAAGGCGAGCAUCUGGCAGGGCUGAGCGAGGAGAUGAAGAGGACAAAGGAGCGCUGUGUCAGAGUCAGAGAGUCUACUUUGAGCCUGAUGAGCGACCUCAGUCAACAGCUGGACUCAGCAGAGGAGGAGCACUCUCAUAAAACAGCCAUGGCCAGUCAGCUGGAGGCGGAGCUAAAUGAAGCGAGGAUCAUAGAGGCUCGGCUGGAGGGUGACAUGAAGAAAGCAGUCUUCCUCCUCAGACACAUCCUGGAGGACUCAGACGAGGCCUCAGAGACUCUGCUGAAUCAGGAGCUGCUGAAGGUCCUGAAGAAGAACGCCCCUCAGGGAGCAGACUCCGCCCUCAGGGACUCCAUUGAAACAAGAAGUGGGGGACUGACGACGAAGACCUCGGACCCUGAAUCAGACAGAGCGGAGACCCUGAACCUCGCCUCAGAUCCUCUGUUCCUGUUGGCCCGCUUCCAGCCCGGAGACCUUGGCGUCAUACCUCGACCCAGGUGGAACCUCAGCAGCAGGUGCUCGGUGAACCUGCACCCAGCUGCCUCUCAGCAGAGUGUGUCCACAGACCCUGAGUGUCCACACACAGGAGCCUCCUCCUCUGCAGACUGCUGAACAUGACCCAUCAUCAAACAGGAAGCGAGGUGAACGUCAGGAUAUUUCAAAAUAAAAGUUGUACUCACUUCA